AUGAACUCAAUCAGACCUCAAGAACUUCCGAUAUCAAAGUUUAUUAUUAAGAGGAACACAAAAACUUAUACAACAGCAGUAAACCAAGAAACUUUAGAUAAAAUUGAAACUUUGAUUAAAAACACUCGAUCUAUUACACCAUUACACAAAAUUCCAAAGCAUAAUUCAUUAAACAAUUUGAUUUGCAAAAUUGCUAAUCGCGAAGAAGCACAGUUAUUGCCAAGUUUGAUUUCACAAUGGCGCCGAUGUUUAUUACCAAUCACUUUCCAAACUACAAAAUUAUUAUUUAAUCGUUUAUGUGACGAGAAAAUUGGCGGGGAAGAUGUGAUGUUUAAAAUGUUGGCUGAUAGAAAAAAAUAUGGAUUAUUGCCUGAUGUGGAGGGAUUCAGACUAUUGAUGCUAAGAUAUUCUAAUAAGAUUUCGGGAGAUGACUUUUGGAAGGAAAGAAAUUAUUUUAUUGAUGAAAAAAUAAAAUUAUUGUUUACAGAUUUAAAUGAUAAUCAUAUUCAAGAAAUUAUUGACAACAAUAAAGAUGAUGAAAUUCAAAAUAAAGAAGAUCCAAAUAAAACACAGAAAAAAAAAGAUGCUAAAAAGGGAAUAGAAGAAGUAAAAGAAGAAGCAGUUGUAGUAGAAAAAAAUGAACAACCUAAAACAGAAUCAGAAAUUUAUCUGGAUAAAUUGUUCAAAACAUUUGGACUAAUGACAUAUUAUGAUUUAUCACAAUAUGAUCCAUAUUUAUUUUUGAUUAUAUUAUCAGCUUCGAUGAAAUUAAAUACCAUUGAAAGUAUAAAAAGAAUUGAUAUAACAUCUAAAGAAUUUCUUGAAGUAUUUCUGAAUUCUGAGAAAAAAAUCGAUUAUUCUACAAAAAAUGAUAUAUCAGUAUAUUCAUUUACAUUACUGCAGAAUAUAUUGGAAUUAGAAGAAAUUCAUAAACAAAAAAAAGUGUUGCCAACACAAUUACAUGACAUAGUUGAAGCAACAGUUGAUACAACAACCUUAGAAGAACAAAUUAUAAAAUUAAAUACGAAAUUAUCUUCGAAAUCAGAAAAACAACUUCAUUAUAUUGAGAUACUUGAAAAAUUUAUCGAAAAUAGGGGAAAAUUUUUUGUAGCAGAAAAAGAAAAUCAGCAGAAUUUCAAUAAGCAAAAACAUGUAAUAUGUUCAAAUACACUAAAUUUAAUGACAAAUUAUUAUAAUAAAUUAUCUAAAUUAGAAAAAAGGGACAAUAUUGAAAAUUAUAAAAAAAUAUUACAAUUAAAUUAUCAAUAUUUAUGUGAUGGAUUUAAAAAUCUAAAACUUGUUUGGGAACUUGAAUAUAAUCACAAUCACAUCAGUAGCAAUAGUUCAAAAGAUAAAAAACAUUGUUGGAAAUGUGGUUCACAAAUUGAUUACAAAUCUUUACAUUGUGAAAGAAAAGAUUGUGGUGUAAUACAAAAAGCAUUGCCUGCCGAUAUUAAUUAUUUUGAAAUGUUGAAUAUUGUUGAUAAAUCAAAGCCAAUAAUAUUUGAUAUUGAUGAAAGCAAAUUAAAACGUAAUUUUUUAUUAUUGCAACAACAAGUACAUCCUGAUAGUUAUGGAAAUAAAGAUAAACAAGAAUAUAUAAAUGCACAACAACUUUCUUCUUCGAUUAACAAAGCUUAUCAAGUAUUGAAGGAACCUCUUUUAAGAGCUAAAUAUAUACUUCAUUUGAAUAACAUUGAUAUAUCAGAAUCAGAAUCUGUACAAGAUCCACAAUUGUUGAUGGAAACUUGGGAGUCAAGAGAAAAAUUGGAGGAAGCCGAAAAUGAAGAUGAAGUGAAAUCGAUCAAAUUAGAAUGUGAUGAUUUAUCGGAUGCUUUUAAUGCAAAAGAUUUCGUUAGAGCUAAAGAAUUAACUAUAAAGUUGGAAUAUUGGAAUAUCACUCAAAAAGCAACAAUUAAUUGGUCGCCAGGAAAAAAAUCCAAAUUCCAUCAUUAA